AGCCUUGUGGGGUUGUUCUUUCUUGUAUUAUAUGCACAAAUAUAGUAUUUAAUGCACUAGACAAUAUCAACCUUCCAAAACUAAAGGAUGAAGCUAGAUCAGCAAGACACAAUAAUGGACACCCCACUCCUAGAAGAUGUCUUGGAAAAUCAAAAGUCUUCACAGGGUGCAUCGAUUUCUGGCGCAGUGUUCAACAUCUCCACCACCAUGAUUGGAGCUGGAAUCAUGUCUAUUCCAGCUGCUAUCAAGGUCUUAGGCAUAGUUCCGGGGUUCCUUCUCAUUUUAUUUGUAGCAUUUUUCACAGAGGUCACGGUGGAAUUCCUAUUGAGUUACACAAAAUCUGGCAAAUCCACCACAUAUGCUGGUAUUGUGGGUGAGUCAUUUGGUGCUGUAGGAUCUGUUGCUGUGCAGAUUUGUGUCAUCAUCACCUUAUUUGGUGCACUGAUCAUUUAUCUUAUUAUAAUUGGGGAUGUCUUAUGUGGAAGUAAGUCUGGAGAAACCUUGCACUUAGGCAUUCUACAAGAAUGGUUUGGCAUUCACUGGUGGAACUCACGUGCCUUCGCAAUUCUAUUCAUUGUGCUCUUCGUUAUGCUUCCACUAGUCUGGCAAAAACGUGUAGAUUCUUUAAAAUAUACUUCAGCAAUAUCCGUUUUGCUCGCAGUGCUCUUUGUUGUCAUAUGCUCAGCAAUGGCCAUUCAAGCAUUAUGGGAGGGGAAAAGUACUCAGAAACUGAGAUUACUACCAGAUUUUUCCAAAGUCUCAGUAUUUGAUCUUUUCACUACUGUUCCAAUCUUUGUCACGGGUUUUGGAUUCCAUGUCAAUGUUCAUCCAAUUCGAGUAGAGCUUGGUAAGCCUACAGAGAUGAGCUUAGCAGUUCGGAUUUCUCUUGCAAUCACUGUUGCCAUUUACUCUGCCAUUGGUUUCUUUGGGUACCUAUUAUUUGGAGACUCAAUAAUGUCCGAUAUGCUAGUAAACUUCGACCAAAAUUCUGAUACCACCAUCGGUAAAUUACUCGAUGUAAUUGUUAGAUUAACCUAUGCAAUCCACCUCUUGCUUGUGUUUCCCCUGUUGAACUUCACCUUGAGAGCCAACAUAGACGAACUUCUUUUUCCAAAAAAGCCAAUUUUGGCCUCAGAUACUCUCAGAUUUGUGUCCCUCACUUGUGUUUUACUUGCCAUCACAUAUACAAUCGCAAUAGCCAUCCCAGACAUAUGGUUAUUUUUUCAGUUCAUGGGGUCGACAACAGUUGUGUGCCUCUCGUUCAUUUUCCCUGGUGCAAUCAUACUUAGGGAUGUGCAUGGUAUAUCAACAACAAGGGAUAAGAUAAUCGCAAUAUUGGUGAUUCUUUUGGCUCUGGGGACAAGCACAAUUGCCAUAUCCACCAGUUUGUACGGUUAAAUUGGAACCGUUUGAUAUAUAAAUAUAUGUUCCUAUCUAAACUUUUUUCCAAUUCAAUUUGGAGAUUAUAAAAUAGUCAGCACUCCUUUAUAAUUGAAAUUUGAAACCGGGUUUUGAAAUUCGAA